AUGGAAGUAUCUGGACGAAAAGGACAUAUUGUUUGUGAACCGUGUGCAGAAGAUGGAGACGACAUUACUGCUGACGGAUGUUGUAAAGAAUGUGAAGAGAAUAUGUGCAGUAAAUGUUUUCAACAUCACCGGAAGGGCAAACAUUGCAGAAACCACGCGUUUCUCUAUGCAGAAUAUAGUGGAACACCGUCUGCUUUAAAAAUAAAGCCAGUAGGAUUGAUAGACAAAUGUCCAAAGCAUGUUGAAAAGAAAAUAAACUUCUACUGUGAAGCUCACGAAAUAGUUGGUUGCGGAGAAUGCAUAAUACACGAGCAUAAAACAUGUGAAGUUUUAUAUAUAUCAGAUGUGACAAGGGGACAGAACGAAAAUGAGUAUAUAGAAGAGGUUGUUAAAGAAAUAGAAAAUUGCAGCAACGAAAUUAAAGAAUACGAGAAAGAAAUACAUAGAAAUAUUGAUAAAGUGAAAGCUACACAUGUAAAAUUCAGUUAUGAUGCUGAGCGAUUUAAGCAAGAUAUAUUGGAAAAAAUAGAUAAACUCAUAUUUGAUGCAUGCAAACAGGCCAGUUUUAUAAAAACUGAUAUAUUGAGUGCAUUAGGGAAGCUAAAGGAAGAAGUAUCUAAAGUAACAGAUGAGUUAUCAUCAAUGAAGACUAAGGCCGACAUAGAGAAAAAUGAGCCAACCGGUAACUUUGUCAUGGCCUUAUGGUUAAGAAAGAGAUUAAAGGAAAUAGAAGACGAUUUAAUAGAAAUUGGCAAAAGGACUAUUGUGACAAAAUAUAGGUUUCUGAAAAAUGAAAACAUUGAACAAGAAGUUGAAAAAUGCAAGGGACGUGACUUAUUUCGAAGAGGUCUAGGUAAGGAAAAUGAUUAA